GUUGGUAUUCGUGGGAAGCACAAAACGACGCUCUCUGGUUCGCACAUGUCGGAUAAGAUUUCCUCUCUCCUUUUCAGCAGAUUCACAAUCAGCUCCACAACCCCAUUCCCAUUCCCAUUCGCUGCUGCAAUUCCCAAACCCUGACACACUCAUCGACAAGUCAACAAUAAUGCAGACUCUCAUGGAUCAGCUGAAACCCGAAGCCUUCAUCCAAACCCCCCCAAACUCGUUUCCUUCCUCCACCGAAUUUCCCCAACCCUCUUUCGAUUCCCUCAUCCCCUCCAAUCGCUCCAUACCCAAUUCAAGCCAAAUGCCCGAAGGGGAAGUUAAGGAUGGUCUAGCUGCUAGGAAGAUGCAAAAGGCGGACAGGGAGAAAUUGAGGAGGGAUCGACUGAAUGAGCAUUUUAUGGAGUUGGGAAAUGUCUUAGAUCCAGACAGACCCAAAAAUGACAAGGCAACCAUUCUAGCUGAUACAAUUCAAGUGCUAAAGGAUUUGUCAUCCGAAGUAGACAAACUUAAAACUGAGUGCACUUCGUUAACAGAAGAGUCUCGUGAGUUGACAAAUGAGAAGAACGAGUUGAGAGAAGAGAAGGCAGCUCUUAAAACUGACAUUGAGAACCUUAACGCUCAGUACCAGCAGAGACUCAGGGCCUUGUUCCCUUGGGGUGCUGUGGAUCACUCGGUUGUAAUGGCCCCACCUUCAUAUCCAUUUCCUAUGCCAAUGCCAAUGCCUCCAGGGUCAAUUCCCAUGCAUCCCCAUAUGCAGCCAUACCCGUAUUUCGGAAAUCAAAAUCCCGGGGUCAUUCCUAACCCCUGUUCAACUUUUGUUCCAUAUAUCACCCCUAAUACUCUGGUUGAACAGCAGCCCACCCCGUAUGUAUCUCCAGUUGUGCAUCCAGCAACUCAGUCUCAUGUUUCAGUCAAACAAGAUUCCAGAAACAAAUCAUCUGGGACAAGUAGAAUUGACAAAAGUGAAGAUUCAAACGAUGUCACGACAGAACUAGAAUUGAAGACACCUGGGUCAACAGCUGAUCAGGAAUUAUCACCAGUACAAAGAAAAUCGCAGAAGUCAGCAAGGAAAAAACUUAAGGUUACAGAAGGGACUUCUUCAAGUAGAUGUUCGUCUUCUCAUAGUGCACAGGGUAGCUCAUCUAACAGUGUAGUUGGUGGCAGAAAGGAUGAUGACUGAUAAAGGGAAAGGGAUACGAGAAAACAGAACAAGGCAGGGCGUCUUUCGUACAUGAUGGUGGAAAACAAUUGCGAUCCAUUUUCAUUGUAAUCCUUGGCAAGAUGGGUACUUUAAGCGGAUUUACACAUGCUAAGAAUCUGAGCGACAAAUUUGUUACACAAGCAGUCUGGCAGGUUCUUCCUUUGCUUUUCAGGUACUGAUACUGCAGCAAGGAGAUGUACAAAGUAGAAUUGUCCAGUCCACAGGAACUAGUGUUUUUGUUGUAAAUGUAAAAAGAAGUCUUCAUAUAUAACAAAGACAGCAAGUAAUUCUACAAGAGCUGUCUAAUAAAGACAGUAAUUUAUUC